AUCUGUUCCACCAAAACUUCACCUAUUAAUAAGAUAAUGCAUAGUAGGCAAAGAGUGGAAAAUUCAUCCCAUCUACUUAUUCCCCCAUUAAGGAUUUCUUUAACUAAAGCUUCUCCCUACAUAUUUUUAUGGUUGUUUUCACGUCGGUCUCAACUCUUCAAGGAAUUUAUGCCUUGUUGACAUGUCAAGAAAUCGAGUUAUAGCUAAUAGGUCAAGGAAACUUUGAGUAAUUUUGGUGUGUUCUAGCGAUUUGUUGGUGAGAAGUAUAAGUGGACUGGAGACUCUCAUACGUGUAAGGGAAAGAUUUUUGUUUCUUUCUUUUGCUCAUAUACUCCGUUUUAUACUUGUUUGUUCAAGUAUAAUGUAACUGAAAAAGUACCUGCAAAGGACAAUUUACCUAACAGCAUGUGUUUAGAGAUUAAAUACCUACAUUACAAGAAAGGGGAAGUUUUUUUUCCUUUAAAAAAUAUUUACAUCCAUCUCUUUACAAUCUAUCCAAUAUUCUAAAUGUAGGUUACUACGUAGCAAGUUUUUUUUAAUUCAUCUUAGAUUCUUUCUACUGUGUGAUUGGAAUGCACGACACAAGAUUGGGUUUGUGCAACUAGGAUGCAUCCAAAUAUUGCUAUUUUUUCCCUCUCCUUUCUCCUUUUUAACUCUUUUUUGCAGAGACUUUACUGACUUUUUGAACAUAAUGUGGCGUUAAUAUAAAGCGGCUAUUCCCUAUCAUCCGAGUGCCCAAUAUCAGAGUGGAAAAGAAGCCCUCCCUUUUAUGUUAUGUUUUCAUAUCCACAUAUAUUUACUGAUCAUGUAGCUCCUCUUGGCAGAAACCAGAGCGGUGAAAUGGAAGGAAAGGUAGUAAGGUCCAGGUUCAAAAGGGUUUGCGUGUUUUGUGGGAGCAGCACAGGAAAGAGAGACUGCUAUAGAGAUGCAGCCAUUGAUUUAGCUCAGGAGCUGGUUUCAAGAAGGUUGGGGCUUGUUUAUGGAGGUGGAAGCAUUGGGCUAAUGGGUCUGGUUUCACAAGCUGUUUAUCGUGGUGGUGGCAGAGUUAUGGGGAUUAUCCCCAGGACAUUAAUGAACAAAGAGAUAACUGGCGAAACAGUAGGGGAGGUAAGACCAGUAGACAACAUGCACCAAAGGAAGGCAGAAAUGGCCCGCCAUUCAGAUUGCUUUAUAGCCCUACCAGGUGGGUAUGGAACUAUGGAAGAACUGUUAGAAGUCAUCACUUGGGCUCAACUAGGCAUCCAUGACAAACCAGUUGGGUUGCUGAAUGUGGAGGGAUACUACAACAACCUCCUCACUUUCAUCGACCAAGCAGUGGACGAUGGAUUCAUAAAACCAUCACAACGGAACAUCAUAGUGUCAGCACCCAACGCCAAGGACCUGGUUCAGAAACUAGAGGAAUACGUGCCUGUACACGAGGAAGUGAUGGGGAAAGCGAGAUGGGAAAUUGAGCAGCCACAACAACAGCAAAAACAAGUGGGGUUCGAACCCAAAACUUUCCACGCUCAGAUCGCCCUGUAAAGUUGAAACAUGAAAAGAAAGGGAAAAAAGAUAUGAGUGAAAGAAAUUGAAAAGAGGCGUUGAUGAUUUUGGGUCGUCGUCGUCGUCGUCAUCAUCAUGUUACCAACCGUUGUAUAAUUGGAUGUGAAAAAUGUUCACAGAGAAAAGAUUGACCAAAACACUGAAACAGUGGGACCUUCUAAUUUUUGUUUGUAAGCUUGUGAAAUAGUAUUAUUAAGAUUAAGAUAAGAAAAUGGACCCAUCCUUUUCAUUUUGGUA